CUUAAGUAUGAGGCGCGCCGAACCCAAGGCGCUCCUGAUUUUUGCGCAGCGCCUCUAUGCUGCUCGGCGCACGAUCUCGGAUGUCGAUGGCUCCAUACAGUACAUACCGGCUAAGAGCUGGGAGGCGCAUGCUUGCGAAGGGGAUAACUGCCCUCCGGACGGAGAGCAGCAAACAUGGCACGCAUCCGUUUACGACCCUUCGUCGGAACAAGAGGUAGCGAUGAAAUUGAACUUCACAGGGGUCGCCAUCGACAUAUACCUCACCCUUCCUAGCACGGGUGACUCGCCUUCGUUAACGAGAUGCAACUUUACUAUCGACGGGGAGCAGGUGCGGGCGGAGGGAGGCGCCGCAUCUGCGAGCUUCUCACAAGCCGCCUACUCGUCGGAGAUGCAGUACAGUCAGCUUGUGUAUACGAGUGCGUCCCUGGAGAAUAUCGAACAUGAACUUACGAUAUCGGCCUAUGGGAAGCAGGGGCUGUAUAUCGGGUUCAGCCAUGUGAUCGUUACACACAAUGACCCCGACAUCUACGCGACUGGCGUGAGCACGUUUCCAGGAGUUCAAGUGAAGCCAUCCUCGUCCCCGGAUCAUUCGCAAUCGCGUUCCACUGGCGCAGGCCAACAUCGUACUGCAAUUAUCAUCGGUCUCUCGAUUACCUGCCUUCUGCUUCUGCUUCUCACAUCCCUUCUCACCCUAUACUUCAUCCGCCGUCGCCGCCGUCGCCUGCGUGCUGACAGGGAGACCACGAAGCACACUGAGUCGCAGUCUGUCAAGGAUCCAACCCCUGCAUACCUGAAUGCUCAGCCGUCCCUCCCGUCUAUCCUAUCGUUCAACGCCAUCUCGGUCGCGCCCUCAACGUCGCUCACCAGCGAUUUCUCGUAUUUCGACCGCUACCUCUCCGAAGCGGGCUCGUCUGCGUCCGUCUGGAGCGGGCCGGACUUGAUUUCGUCGACGCGCGCGGUGUCCGCGCGCCCGGGCCCGGCGGGCAGAGCGGUCCCGAGCUCGGACAGGACUAGCAAGACGGGCCCGCCGAGCUCAACGCGCACACUGUCAUCACGUACGCGAUGCGUGUUGUCGCGUAGUGCGACCAUCAUGACUGGGUCGUCGUCGUCUAAGCGGUGUGCGGAUGGUGGAGAUCUGGGCUUCGAGCGGUUAAAUGAGCAGGGCGUAGCAGCCGAACAGAGCAGCGAAAAGCCCUGACUAUCGCGAUCCAGGAGGAGAUGUUUUCUGAUAUGGCAAAGGGGCACUGGUACGAUUGCUCAGGACUGUAUUUCUCGACCGGUUGUAGCAUAGGACCUGCAUUCGGUGUAUGGUUGUCGAUAUAGUAGUCACACUGAGCAUUACAUCAGCGAGUACAACAGUUCAUCGCCAUCCGCUAUUUCGAGGUCAUUGUUUAGGGGCGUGGGUGCUGAACCAAAUGCGGUAAUUUGUACUUGCUGAUGAUUGUUUGCUCUGCGGCC